AUGAGCUCCGUAAUCCGAGACAAAGGGAUACCAGGUAUUCCCCAUCAUGACAUCAUUGUUGUCGGCGGUGGCUUUGGGGGCUGCUACGCCUUGUGGAAGUUCCGACAAUUGGGCUUCUCAAUCCACGUGUUCGAGGCCGGCUCGGAGCUCGGAGGCGUCUGGCACUGGAACAGUUAUCCUGGUGCUCGCGUCGACUCUGAAAUGCCAUAUUAUCAGUUCACCAUCCCUGAAGUCUGGCGCGACUGGAGCUGGUCGCAGCGCUUCCCAGAUCAUACUGAGAUAAAGGCAUACUUCCGACAUGUGGACAAGAUCCUCGAUCUAUCCAAGGACGUGAGCUACCAGAGCAUCGUCAAUGGGGCAGAUUUCGAUACUAGUUCCGGUUUAUGGACUAUCACUACCUCGAGUGGCGAGAUUGCAACCUGCAAGUGGUUCGUCCCCGCGAGUGGGAGCUCUCACAAGGCAUAUUCGCCUGAGUUUCCCAACCUCAGCGCCUAUGAGGGUCAAUUAGUCCACUCAUCCUCUUGGCCAAAAUCGGCAGUUCAUUUCAAAGGCAAGAGAGUCGCCGUCAUUGGCGCCGGUGCCACAGGGGUCCAACUGGUUCAGGAAAUCUCCAAAGUUGCUGGUAAUCUCAGUGUAUACAUUCGAAACCCCAAUAUCGCGCUUCCAAUGGGUCAGCGAGACAUCUCCCCUCUCGAACAAAGAUCGCAAAAGGGGAUAUAUAGAGGACUGUUUCAACUGGCGCGCGAUACGAAUGCUGGCUUGGCAUGCGAUGCACAGUCAAUUGCCGGUGCCGACGUGAGCGCCGAGGAGCGCGAGCGUUUCUGGGAAGAGCUCUGGUCGCGCGGAGGUUUCAGUUUCCAGGCAGGCAAUUAUUCAGACGUUCUCUCCAACGAGGAAACCAGCAGACAGAUUUAUGAGUUCUGGGCAUUCAAGGUACGACAACGAGUCCGGGAUCCCGCCAAGCAGGAAAUUGUGGCCCCGAGGGUGCAGCCUUAUCCCUUUGCCACAAAGAGAAGCAGUCUAGAGCAAGACUACUAUGAAUGUCUGGACAGGGAUAAUGUAGAUAUCAUUGGAUUGAAAAAGACACCUAUCCGUGAAUUCAGCCGAUCGGGCAUUGUCACGGAUGAUGGAAAGGAGAGGCAGCAUGACAUCGUCAUCAUGGCCACUGGCUACGAUAAUAUGACAGGUUCGCUCACCAGUAUGGGGCUACGGGGUAAGGACGGCAUAGACAUGAAGAAACGCUGGGAGGAUGGCGUUUGGUCGUAUCUAGGGAUCUUUGCAGGGGGGUGCCCAAACAUGUUCAUGAUAUAUGGACCGCAAGCACCAACGGCCUUCACCAAUGCUCCUAUUUUCAUCGAGGAGCAAGUUGAGAUUGUCGCUGCUCUACUAUUGAAACUAAAAAAAGAGGGAGUCCAGACCAUAGAACCACGUCGAGCAGCCGAGCAGAACUGGAAGACACUGUGCCAAGACAUCAGUGAUUCAUUACUAUUCAGGCUCAAUGACUCUUCGUGGUAUCUUGGUGCCAAUAUUCCAGGCAAGAAGCGAGAACAGCUAAACUACCUUGGCGGAAUGAUUAGGUACAGAGAGGCCUGUAAGAGCGGUCUAAAAGACUGGUCGAAUUUUGAGGUCAAGUGGACAAAGAGCAGCAACUCGCCGUUGGCUAAGUCCAACGCUCCAAUGGCUAGAAUUUAG